AUGUUGAUUAAUUGUGGGCCGCUCUCAGACUUCACGCAGGCCCGAUAUGUGAUACAUCUGUCCACAGGAAAGCGACUGGUUUUGUUCCGCCUGGCUGCGAUUGACCCGUCUUGCUCCAAACCCAACGAAACGGCCGGAUGGUCAUACUAUGCGAUGGAGGCCGAGUGCCCCCAUGCGGGUGGUCCGAUGGCUGAUUCACAGGUGGACAUUGAAGACUCGGCGUACAUCGUUUCAUGCCCAUGGCAUGCGUACGAUUUCAAUGUGGAGACGGGGGAGUCAAGUGUGGGCAUCAAGGCCUGUACGUUUCCGGUGGACGUCCGCGACGGCUCGGUGACGAUCGACUUUCCCACAGAGGACAGGUCAUCAAUAAAAUUGGAUCGUGUGGAGCCGGUCAGCGAGAAGGUGAAGCUAAAGUCCAAAUCCAAGUCCACGCUCACGCCGACUCGGUCAUCUGCGCAGUCGGUCCCUCAAGCCGAAAAUUCGAGCGCAGAACAAGUCGGCGCAAUUCAAUAUCUCAGUGAUGAUGCGACCCUCUGCGACUGGGCUGUGCACAUCCUGAACACCGCUCAUCCAGAGCAUAAGAUCGAAUUGACAACGCAUCUGUACAACAUCUUCUCCUCGCGAGAAGGCACAUCCUCGCCCAUGGAGAUUGGACGAGGCACUGUCACCGCGCCGGACCAGCCUCCUCGCGAGAAGAUGGUCGAGGUGAAACCCGGCGCGAUGCCGCGGACCGGAAAGGGCGGUUCAUUGAAGAGCCGAAUCGCCAUGCUCCAUGCCUUGGCCAAUAUCGAGCUAUGGGCCAUUGAUCUGGCCAUCGAUAUUUGUGUCCGGUUUUCUACCUUCAAGACGGUCGGGGACGACCCCCAAGAGCUGCCUCGGGCUUAUUUCCAUGAUUGGCUCAAGGUCGCCCGCGACGAAGCGAAGCACUUCUCCCUGCUCCGGACACGCAUCGAGGAACUGGGUUCCUACUUUGGUGCGCUGCCUGUGCACCACGGACUAUGGCAAUCAGCCUCGGAGACGGCGUAUGAUCUGCGCUCUCGCAUCAGCAUCAUCGCCUUGGUCCAUGAGGCGCGCGGUCUCGAUGUUAAUCCCCUGACGAUCCAGAAGUUCCGCAACGCGCAAGACUUGGAAAGUGUGGAAUCACUGGAGAUUAUCCACAAUGAUGAAAUCACGCACGUCACGACGGGCCACCGAUGGCUGACCUGGAUCUGUGCGCAGGAGGGCACGGACCCGGUGAAGAUCUUCCGAGACAAUGUGUCGAAACACUUCCGCGGCAGUAUCCAGGGACCCUUUAAUGAGGAGGCUCGUUUGCAGGCGGGCAUGGAUCGUCGGUAUUACGGUACGACUCCGACCCCGGUGGCGGCUUCAUGA